UAAACCCCCGUUCCAUCCUCCCUAGGUUUCUUUCUGUUUCCUCGCUCGCUCUCCCUAUCUUGCUCAGGGAUAGAAUGGCGCUGGGAUUGAUAUUAGGGCUGGGAAGGUCGGCAUUCAGGAGGAAGCGUACAUCUUCACUGGAUAUUCUCACGUCCAAAAGAGGCCCUCGGGAUUACUAUAAGGGAAAAAAUUGCAAGCCUACUGGUUUCCACACUCGCAAAGGUUUUCCACUUAUCUUGCUGUGGCUAUUUUUUGGUGGCUAUGUGGUGGUGCAAGAAAAGCUGCCUAACUAUGUGGUUCCCGAUCUAACGGACUUCAAGCUAAAACCAUAUGUAUCUCAGUGCCCAAUAGAAAUUAAAGCUACUGAGGGUGCUGAUUCAUCUAAAUGACUUACGGAAUGGAUGUAUCAUCAUUACGUGACAGUACCAAUGAUACCCUUUUAUCACAGGUACAUGCUGCUGCACUUGGAAUGUUAAUGUGAUAGACGCCAUUUUAUGCUUGCAGAUUUCUUGGGUGUAAUUUUAUGCUACUUUGUCCGUGCAUCCAAUAUUUAAACUAUUCUGCACCUGUUGGGCAGAUUUCUUGGGUGUAAUUUACUCUAGGAGUGACAUUGUGUGUUGAAUUUCAAGUAAGCUGUUGGUGCUCUGUUUCUUGUCAUAAUGGCCUUGGGAGCGAUGGCCAUCUUAGGGCUGGUAAAAAUUCUUGAAUCAAAUACUGUCUUACUUAAGACAAUGGUUAUACUCCUUAACUUGAAGAAGAGUCAAAGUAUACAUUUAA